AUGGAAAUUAACACAGUACAAUCAUUCACCCAAAAUGUAGCACUUUAUACUAUAAAAGCAGUUCUCAAAAUUGCUUUCCCUCCAACCCAAAUGCUUUACGUUUUGGUGUUAGCUUUUACGAUUCUGCUGACUUUAUGUGGCCAAAGUGAUGGACAAAAACGGAGAAUUCUUAAUCUGUUGAGUGAAUGGGCUGAAAAAGCAUCAGAAUCUGGCAAAUUGGCUUUCCGCUCCAUUGUAGACAGUGAAAUGGAAGAUAUCAACACUAUCUAUGCAAAAUUAAAGGACUGGGCUAGCAGUGAAGGACCUGACUUCCUGAAAGCAUAUAAAGAACUUCUUGUGAAAACAGAAAAGGAAGCUUACGAGAGACGCGAAAAUCUCGGAAAAGACGUAGAUCUGUUACCUCCAUUAGUUAUGGAUGCAUUCCAAGUGAUUGAUGUGUUCCGUCAAGAUCCAACCAGAAGUGAAGUUGAGGAGAAAAAAAUGAUUAUUGACUUGAAGAAAAACAUAGAUCCACUUUAUCACAGUCGCUAUCAAAUUUUACUGGAUAAAGCUGAAAAUCUGCAAAAUGAAUAUGGCAUAAAUGUUUUCCGUUCACCGUUUGCUCCACGAAGAAAGCGGUAUUUGAAGGAUGACGAACUUUAA